AUGAAGACCGAUUUCAAGUUCUCCAAUUUACUGGGCACGGUAUACUGCCAGGGCAACCUGCUCUUCAGCCCCGAUGGCACUCAUCUGUUCUCGCCCGUGGGGAACAGGGUCACUGUCUUCGACCUCGUGAACAAUAAGUCGCAUACCCUACCCUUUGCUCAUCGCAAGAACAUCGCCCGAAUCGGCCUCACUCCUCGAGGAAACCUGCUGCUCUCCAUCGACGAGGAUGGCCAGGCCAUUCUGACAAACGUCCUCCGCCGAAUCGCCAUUUACCGAUUUUCGUUCCGCUCCUCCGUGAAUGCGCUCUCAUUUUCGCCCUCCGGACGUCACUUCGCUGUUGGCUUGGGUCGCAAGAUUGAGGUUUGGCAUGUCCCGUCCACUCCGGAUGCGAACGCCGAGGGCGAACUGGAGUUUGCACCGUUCGUCAAAUACCACACCCACACUCAGCACUUCGACGACGUGCGCAGCAUCGAAUGGUCCAGCGACUCCCGAUUCUUCCUCAGUACUUCCAAGGACUUAACCGCGAGGAUAUGGAGCUUGAACCAGGAGGAGGGCUUCGUACCGACGGUGCUGUCCGGUCACAAGCAGGCCGUGGUUGGCGCCUGGUUCUCCGAGGACCAGGAGACAAUCUACACCGUGAGCAAGGACGGCGCCGUGUUCGACUGGAAAUACGUCGGGAAGCCGGUUCGCGACGAGGACGAGAUGGUCGACGUCGACGAGGACGACAUGCGCUGGAGGAUCGUCGACCGACACUACUUCAUGCAGAACAGCGCGCAUGUUCGAUGCGCAACCUUCCACCCCGAAUCCAACCUCCUCGUCGCCGGUUUCUCCAACGGCACUUUCGGCCUCUACGAAAUGCCCGACUUCAACAUGAUCCACACCUUGAACAUUUCGCAGAACGAUAUUGACUUCGUGACGAUCAACAAGAGCGGAGAGUGGCUGGCGUUUGGUGCAUCGAAGCUUGGGCAGCUACUGGUGUGGGAGUGGCAGUCCGAAUCGUACAUCCUCAAGCAGCAGGGCCACUUCGACUCGAUGAACAACCUAGUCUAUUCCCCCGACGGACAGCGCAUCGUCACGAUCGCUGACGACGGCAAGAUCAAGGUGUGGGAUACCGAGUCCGGGUUCUGCAUCGUCACCUUCACCGAGCACACAAGUGGCGUGACAGCCUGCGAGUUUUCCAAAAAAGGCAACGUCCUCUUCACAUCCAGCUUGGACGGUUCAGUGCGAGCGUGGGAUCUCAUCAGAUUCAGAAACUUCCGGACGUUCACGGCACCCACGAGGCUAUCAUGGUCGUGUAUGGCCGUCGAUCCCAGCGGCGAGGUCGUCGCUGCCGGGUCCCUGGACUCCUUCGACAUCCACAUUUGGUCUGUGCAAACGGGCCAGCUGUUGGAUCAGCUAACCGGUCACGAGGGCCCGGUCUCGGCCCUGGCCUUCACACCAAACGGAGACUCGCUCGUCAGUGGUAGUUGGGACCGCACCGCGAGGAUCUGGUCCAUUUUCAACAGAACACAGACCAGCGAGCCCCUGCAGCUGCAGGCCGACAUCCUCGAUAUUGCCGUCAGACCCGACUCGUUGCAGCUGGCCAUUUCGACGCUGGACGGCCAGCUGUCUUUCUGGUCCAUCACGGAUGCCGAGCAGGUGUCUGGGGUGGACGGACGUCGCGACGUGUCUGGCGGACGCAAGAUCACCGACCGGAGGACGGCGGCCAACGUGGCCGGGACGAAGAGCUUCAACACCAUCCGCUACAGCACGGAUGGAAGCUGUUUGCUCGCCGGUGGCAACAGCAAGUACAUCUGCCUGUACUCCGUGCACACCAUGGUUCUCCUGAAGAAGUACACGGUCAGCGUCAACCUGUCCUUGUCCGGCACACAAGAGUUCCUCAACAGCAAGCUCCUCACCGAUGCCGGCCCCGACGGCCUGAUCGAUGACCAGGGCGAGGCCUCGGACCCCGAGGACAGGAGAGAUCUCACCCUGCCCGGUUCGAAGCGCGGCGACCCCUCGUCGAGGAAGAAGCUGCCGGAGGUUCGCGUCUCGGGUGUGGCCUUCUCUCCCACUGGCACCGCCUUCUGCGCCGCCUCCACCGAGGGAUUGCUCAUCUACAGCCUCGACAACCUGAUGCAGUUCGACCCGUUCGACCUUAACAUGGAGAUCACACCCGCGUCGACGCUCGCCGUGCUCGAGAACGACAAGGACUACCUCAAGGCGCUGGUCAUGGCUUUCCGCCUCAACGAGGCCGGCCUCAUCAAGCGCGUUUUCCUCUCAAUACCGCACACGGACAUCGCACUCGUCGUCCAGGACACGCCCAUCGUCUACGUGCCUAGGCUGCUGCGCUUCGUCGCUGCGCAGACGGAGGAGACGCCGCACAUUGAGUUCUGCCUGCUCUGGGUCAAGGCGCUGGUGGACAAGCACGGCGCCUGGCUCACGCAGCACCGGAGCAAGGUGGACGUCGAGCUGAGGGUCGUCGCGCGAGCGGUCUCGAGGAUGCGGGACGAGAUCAGAAGGCUCGCCGACGACAACGUGUACAUGGUGGAUUACCUGGUGGGCCAGGCGGACGAGAAGGAGACGAGUGGCGUAAAAAUGCUGGAUUUGGCCGCGUUUGACCACCCCGCGAAGACACUGGCCAUCGGGGACGCCGACGAGGGCCAGAGCGACUCGGAUGGCGAUGGGUGGGUCGGGCUGGACUAG